UGACCUGCUAAGGUCACACAGUGAGCCAGCCACCACUGUGUCUUAACUGCCUGUAACACUGCGCACUAGCCCGAUCCCUUUCUUGGGCCGGGUUCACUGGGCUCGGAGCUGAGUGCCCAGUACAUCGAGGCCUUGUAAACCCAGUUACUGUCAGCUGCCUCUGCUGCUCAGGCGGUCUUCUUGCUGAGCUCUUCCGGGAACCAGGUGACAGAUGGGUCUCUUCCUUCCUGCCCCUGUCUCACUUGCUCCCCCUCAGAGCUCCACUCUCCAGCCUUCCAUGGGAAUCGUCUGAAGUUCUGAGCCCAGAACCCGAGGAGAAAGGAGAGGCGGAGGCGGAGGAGGGAGAGGAAGUCAAGCUCUGAGAGCCACGCACUUUCCCGGCAGAAGAGCAACGCGGGAAGCAGGCUGUGGGGCCCGCAGCACCGCUGGCCCCUGCCUGGCCUUGGUGCCCAGUAUCUGCUGGUGGUGCCCCAGAAAGCCCCAGGUAGUUGGCUCUGGCGGUGCCUGCCUCACCUGGGGCCCCUGCGCGGGGGGUCGCCCCCAAGAUGGUGGCAGCCACAGGGAGGACUGUGCUGCCACCCCCAGCCUCCAGCUGCUAGGCCCUCUGUGCCCCCGCCCUGAGCCGAGGCCUGGCCUGCGAGGGGCCGCGGGCAGCGCCAUGCUGCGCCUGGGGCUGUGCGCAGCCGCGCUGCUGUGCGUGUGCCGGCCCGGGGCCGUGCGCGCCGACUGCUGGCUCAUCGAGGGCGACAAGGGGUAUGUGUGGCUGGCCAUCUGCAGCCAGAACCAGCCGCCCUACGAGACCAUCCCGCAGCACAUCAACAGCACCGUGCACGACCUGCGGCUCAAUGAGAACAAGCUCAAGGCCGUGCUCUACUCCUCGCUGAACCGCUUCGGGAACCUCACCGACCUCAACCUCACCAAGAACGAGAUCUCCUACAUCGAGGACGGCGCGUUCCUGGGCCAGUCGAGCCUGCAGGUGCUGCAGCUAGGCUACAACAAGCUCAGCAACCUGACCGAGGGCAUGCUGCGCGGCAUGGGCCGCCUGCAGUUCCUGUUCGUGCAGCACAACCUCAUCGAGGUGGUGACGCCUGCGGCCUUUUCCGAGUGCCCGAGCCUCAUCAGCAUCGACCUGUCCUCCAACCGCCUCAGCCGCCUGGAUGGGGCCACCUUCGCCAGCCUGGCCAGCCUCAUGGUGUGCGAGCUGGCCGGCAACCCCUUCAGCUGCGAGUGUGACCUCUUUGGCUUCCUCACCUGGCUUGUGGUCUUCAACAAUGUCACCAAGAACUACGACCGCCUGCAGUGCGAGUCCCCCCGCGAGUUUGCUGGCUACCCGCUGCUGGUGCCCCGGCCCUACCACAGCCUCAACGCCAUCACCGUGCUCCAGGCCAAGUGCCGCAAUGGCUCGCUGCCCGCCCGGCCUGCCAGCCACCCCACCCCCUACUCCACCGACGCCCAGCGGGAGCCCGAUGAGAACUCGGGCUUCAACCCCGAUGACAUCCUUUCGGUGGAGCCGCCUGCCUCGUCCACCACAGACGCGUCUGCGGGGCCGGCCAUCAAGCUGCACCACGUCACCUUCACCUCGGCCACCCUGGUGGUCAUCAUCCCGCACCCCUACAGCAAGAUGUACGUCCUGGUCCAGUACAACAACAGCUACAUCUCCGACGUCAUGACGCUCAAGAACAAGAAGGAGAUCGUCACCCUUGACAAGCUGCGAGCACACACCGAGUACACCUUCUGCGUGACCUCACUGCGAAACAGCCGCCGCUUCAACCACACCUGCCUGGCCUUCACCACGCGGGACCCGGUCCCGGGCGACCUGGCGCCCAGCACCUCCACCACCACGCACUACAUCAUGACCAUCCUGGGCUGCCUCUUCGGCAUGGUCAUCGUGCUGGGAGCUGUCUAUUACUGCCUGCGCAAGCGGCGCAUGCAGGAGGAGAAGCAGAAGUCUGUCAAGGUCAAGAAAACCAUCCUGGAGAUGCGCUACGGGGCCGACGUGGAGGCCGGGUCCAUCGUUCACGCUGCCCAGAAGCUGGGCGAGCCCCCAGUGCUGCCCGUGUCCCGCAUGUCCUCCAUCCCCUCCAUGAUCGGGGAGAAGCUGCCCACCUCCAAGGGUCUGGAGGCCGGGCUGGACACGCCCAAGGUGGCCACCAAGGGCAACUACAUGGAGGUGCGCACCGGCACAGGUGGAGAUGGCAUGGCCCGGCCUGAGGAUGACCUCCCGGACCUGGAGAAUGGCCAGGGCUCGGCCGCUGAGAUCUCCACCAUUGCCAAGGAGGUGGACAAGGUCAACCAGAUCAUUAACAAUUGCAUCGAUGCCCUCAAGCUGGACUCGGCCUCUUUCCUGGGGGGUGGCAGCAGCGGUGGUGGGGACCCCGAGCUGGCCUUUGAGUGCCAGUCCCUCCCCGCAGCCACAGCAGCCUCCUCGGCACCGGCCCCUGGGGCCCUGGAGCGCCCCAGCUUCCUCUCACCCCCUUACAAGGAGAGCUCCCACCACCCGCUGCAGCGCCAGCUGAGCGCCGACGCCGCCGUGGUCCGGAAGACCUGCAGCGUCUCGUCCAGCGGCUCCAUCAAGAGCGCCAAGGUCUUCAGCCUGGACGUGCCCGACCACCCGGCCUCGGCGGGGCUGGCCAAGGGCGACUCCAAGUACAUCGAGAAGGGCAGCCCCCUCAACAGCCCGCUGGACCGGCUCCCGCUGGUGCCCACGGGCAGCAGCGGCAGCGGUGGCAGCAGUGGAGGCGGGGGCGGCGGGAGCGGCGGCGGGGGCAGCGUCCACCACCUGGAGGUGAAGCCCGCCUACCACUGCAGCGAGCACAGGCACAGCUUCCCCGCGCUCUACUACGAGGAGGGCGCCGACAGCCUGAGCCAGCGCGUGUCCUUCCUCAAGCCGCUGACCCGCUCCAAGCGGGACUCCACCUACUCGCAGCUCUCGCCCAGACACUACUACUCGGGGUACUCCUCCAGCCCCGAGUACUCCUCGGAGAGCACGCACAAGAUCUGGGAGCGCUUCCGGCCCUACAAGAAGCACCCCCGGGAGGAAGUGUACAUGGCCGCGGGCCACGCCCUGCGGAAGAAGGUCCAGUUCGCCAAGGACGAGGACCUGCACGACAUCCUCGAUUACUGGAAGGGGGUCUCGGCCCAGCAGAAGCUGUGA